CUCUUUAAAUUGUGUCAAACACCAAGGUACCAAUCAAAGAGAAAAUUGAAGCACUUGCUUGGCUUCAGGCCCAGAACCAUCUUCCCCACCUCCCGCGCUGUUUCUUCUCCGGCAGAAGCCAAAGAUUUGACUUUGGUCCUUCAUCUAUUUGGCAUUGCAAUACUGCAGAUUCAGUUACUUCGGAUUCGUCAUCAUCUAAAAGGCAUACGGUGGCGAGUGUAGCUGGCCUUGGCUCAGCUGUCUUCUUCCGCCACUUCCACACUUUCUCAUUCAAUGACUGGCUCGCCAUUAAGAGGUUUCUCUCCAAGAAAUGCCCUCUAAUUCGCGCAUAUGGUGCAAUCCGCUUUAACACCACUGAAAGCAUAGCUUCUGAAUGGAUUGAUUUUGGAUCUUUUUAUUUUAUGGUUCCACAGGUAGUCUGAUUGAAUUUCUUCUUUUUUCGUUGGUGAAAGGUAUAUCAUCUGGGAGACCAUUCGUUUUGUCCUUUUGUAUAUAAUCCAUCUCGGGCUAGAUAUUGAAUAACAGGUUGAGUUUGAUGAGUGUGAAGAGAGCUCAAUGAUUGCUGCAACUAUUGCUUGGGAUGAUGCCCUCUCUUGGACAUAUAAGAAGUCUAUACAUAAACUCCAGGCAACUAUCUGUGAGGUCUGCACUAUAGUUAAACACCUGGUGGGAAGAGUUUCAGAUACAUAUCUACUCAACAGCACUCACAUCCCGGACAAAACAUCUUGGGAUCGGGAUGUUAAACAUGCUUUGCAUAUGAUAAACAGUGAUGACUCUACACUGAUCAAGGUUGUACUUGCUCGCAGCAGCAGAGUUGUAACUUGUACAGAUAUUGACCCUCUAAUGUGGUUAGCAUGCUUGAAGUUUGAAGGAGAAAAUGCAUAUCAGUUCUGUUUACAGCCUCCUGAUUCACCUGCAUUUAUUGGAAAUACUAUUGUGUAUAGCCAGAGCAACUAUUUCAUCGAAAUCGACUCAGCAUUUGCAGUGAUGCUCUAGCUGGCACCCGAGCUAGAGGUGGAACAGAGCUUCUAGAUCUUAAGAUAGGACGUGAUUUGCUUUCCAGCCCGAAAGAUCAUAAUGAGUUUGCUAUAGUACGUGAGUGUAUUAAAAGAAGAUUGGAGGCUGUAUGUUCCACUGUGCUAAUUGAACCAAAGAAAGCUUUAAGAAAACUUCCUAGAGUUCAACAUCUUUAUGCCCGGUUAACUGGAAGGCUUCAAAGUGAAGAUGAUGAGGUAUAUCUUAUUGUUGAUUAAAGUUCAUGUAUUGGUCAUGGAAUUUAUACCUGUACUUAAUUGGACAUAUUUUGAUAUUUUCUCUUUAUUUAUAAUAAUAGGAAUAAGGUACAACAACCAUACCCCUAAACUGUUCCUAAAAGUUCAACCUAGCCCCUGAAUGAAGUUCUGUUUCGUUUUUAUCAAUAGACUAUUUAAAAGGAUACAGCUAAGCCCCUUCAUUGCCCAUUUGCCCCUUCUACUUAACAACCGUUAACUUGAGAUUGCAUGGAUACAACUAGAUCUAGUUACCUCUAAGUUGCUGGUGUGUGUGCUUCAAGUCCUACUUUGCCACACUAGAUAAUAGUGGUAGUGUGGUACUCACUGUGACAUGUGUCCACAUCACUUCACUAACACAAAACUCACAAUUUCUUAACCUUUCUUAAGAAGAGUAAAUCCUUACUCGGCUAAAUGAGGAGCUUGGUGAUGUAGCAUAAUCCAGAGAGACCUCACUGUAAUUAUUAAUUCAACUUUUAGAUCGAUUAUACACUUCUAGAGUUUGGCAAUCCUGUACAUGAUAAUUUAUAGAAGGCAUAAUUUCUUACCAUUAUGUAAUGAUAACCAAAGGGUUCAAAGCAUUGAGUCCUACUUUUAUCCAAUGCGGGCACGAUGGGGGUCAUGUCACAUGUUAGCCAAAUAAGGCGACAAGUGACAUCUGGUUUUUUUAUCUGCAUCAUAAAAAAUCAAUGGUUGUUAAGUAG